GGAAGCUCGCGCCGCCGCGCGUGACGAGGGUCUCCCUUGCCAGCUCCAGGCGCGCGCCGAGCUGGAGUUCCUGCUGGACACGAAGAAGCACGUGCCCUUCUACACGCGCAUCGUCUACUGCCGUCGUGGCGGGCGGCCCGUGUGGGGCUGGGGCACGGGGAAGCGCAGUGGCUUCAGCCGGCGCUACUGGCUGGUGUGGGGCCCGGGCACCAAGUACAGGAACUCGAGGAGAGAAUGGGCUCCCCUCAUUGCGACAAGAACGACUGAGCUUUACGCAGCCCGAUGCGAUAACGGAACGCCACAGUGCAUUGCGUUGCCCAUGCGCACCGUUCCUCCCCGAGUUGGUUUUCUUUCCCAUUGGAUCGUCACUUUGCUCGGGGGGCGUCAGACCUGGCACCGGGCUGCGGUGCGCGGACGAAGGUGCCACCGAGCGUAGGAAAAGAAGUUUCGCUUGCUCUUGCUGGCGACGGCCGUGCCGCGCCCCCUCCAUGCCCC